UCAUACUCUCUGCUUGUUUACCUGGUUGCUGCCGCUAACCACCGAGCUCCUGUUUAAAGUAUAAAAAAGUUCCGUUUGGGCGUCUCCGACUCAAAUAUUAGAGCCCGAAGACGUGUUUCACUCAGACCUACCCAGAAGGGCCGGGAGAAAGUCUUGGUCUGAGCUGUUAAUCUGCUGGUAGCAGGUUAGCAUGCUAGCAGUCACCUUGGUGAACUUUGACCCGGACUGUAAGCACACCUGGUGGGAGACGCCUUGACCACAACACCUGGACCAGAACAUCUGGAGAGCUGCUGUACACACUUUACCAUCUCACUGCGUCCCGGGCGACGAUGGCCAAUCCGCUGCGAGCCGAAGUGGUUCGACUCUACAAGAACCUCCUCUACCUCGGCCGGGAGUAUCCCAAAGGCGGCGACUACUUCAGGGACCGCCUGCGGUUGGCGUUCUCCAAGAACAAAGGCGUGCAGGACCCGGAGCAGAUCAGGGCGCUGAUCGCCCGCGGCGAGUUCGUGGCCCGCGAGCUGGAGGCGCUGUACUACCUGAGGAAGUACCGCGCCAUGAAGAAGCGCUACUACGAAGAGUGAACAACACUUUAUUCCCAAUGCUUCAGCGGCAGAAACCCAACUCAAUAAAAGUAUAA